UCAUUUUUUUUUUCGAGAGGUGGUUUAUGCGUGAAUUAUGGUAUGGUUUAUUGCUCUUUCUCUUUCUCUCUCCAAAGCAUCGCUCUGGCUAUAGAGUAAACAGAAGGAGAGAGAAAGAGCACCGCUCAGCUCAGCUGUAUAGCUACCACGAUCUUCAUGGGCGUCACGGCUUUCCACCGGCGGCGCCACCACAACCACGGCCGCCUCCGCGCCCUUAUUCCCGCAAUCUCCGCCGUAUCCGGCGCUAUGCUCCUCCUCUUCCUUCUCUUCUCCUUUCUCGCCCCUUCUCCAACUCACAAUCAACACCUCCACCACCUCCCUCUCCGCCCUGCCUCGUUAAAAAAUGACGUCGACGACGAUGGAGUUUCGGUUUUUCGUGUUCCGAUCAGUGGAGGAAGACUGGAUCGUGACAUUUGGAGUUCAACACUGUCUAAAUUCUACUACGGAUGCAGUAAUGCAAGCAAAAAAUUUGCUGAUGCUAAAUUAAUCACGCAAUCCAAUCGGUACUUGUUAAUUGCGACCAGUGGAGGUUUGAACCAACAAAGAACUGGGAUUACAGAUGCUGUAGUUGCUGCCCGCAUUUUGAAUGCUACACUUGUUGUCCCAAAGUUGGAUCAGAAAUCCUUUUGGAAGGAUGCAAGUAACUUUUCAGAGAUCUUUGAUGUUGACUGGUUCAUAUCACAUCUAUUGAAAGAUGUAAAAAUUAUAAAAGAGCUCCCAAGAAGGGCUGGAAAGAUGUGGACUCCAUAUACCAUGGGUGUUCCAAGGAAGUGUAAUGCUAAAUGCUAUCAAACUCGUGUAUUGCCCAAUCUUCUAAAGAAGCGUGCUGUUCAGCUCAACAAAUUUGAUUACAGACUUUCAAAUAGGUUGGACACAGAAUUACAAAAGCUUAGAUGCAGAGUUAACUAUCAUGCCUUGAAGUUCACUGAUCCUAUAAUUGAAAUGGGUGAACAAUUGGUCCAUCGAAUGAAGAUGAUGUUCUGUAUUUUGAUCCAACAAAAUGUCUCAUCUUACAGGUUUGAACCUGAUAUGCUUGCAUUCUCAGGAUGUUAUUAUGGUGGAGGAGACAAGGAAAGGAAAGAAUUGGGUGCAAUACGAAAAAGAUGGAAAACCCUACAUAAAAGCAACCCAGAUAGGGAAAGGAGGCAAGGAAGAUGCCCACUUACUCCCGAAGAAGUAGGUCUGAUGCUGAGAGCACUGGGAUAUGGCAAAGAUGUUCAUAUUUAUGUGGCAUCCGGGGAAGUAUAUAGAGGGGAAGAGACAUUGGCCCCCCUAAAAGCACUCUUCCCAAAUUUUUAUUCAAAAGACACCAUAGCCACCAAGGAAGAGCUAGAACCAUUUUCAGCAUUUUCUUCUCGCAUGGCUGCACUAGAUUUUAUUGUGUGUGAUGAAAGUGAUGUGUUUGUCACAAACAACAAUGGCAAUAUGGCAAGAAUUUUAGCAGGACGAAGGAGAUAUUAUGGACACAAGCCUACCAUUCGUCCAAAUGCUAAAAAACUGUAUCGUUUGUUCUUAAACCGAGUUAACACAACAUGGGACGUAUUUGCAUCUGGUGUGCGUAAUUACCAGAGAGGAUUGAUGGGAGAGCCAAAGGAGGUGAGGCCAGGCAGGGGUGAGUUUCACGAGAACCCAGCAGCUUGCAUCUGUGAAAAUACAGAGGCCAAGGAGAAAAUGGAAUCAGGUCCUAGAAAGCUUGGUAAAGUGAUUGGUGCAACAAGAAAAGAUAUUGGUGAAGUAGUUGAUGAUGAGAAUGAUGAUGAUGAACCAGAAUGGCCUGACCCCGACGAUGAAGAGGAUCAAAAUACCCCUCUAGGUAAUGGUUGGUUUAAUAGAACGGGGGUGGACGAUGAGGAGCCUGAGUUGGAAGAGUUGCUCUCAGAUUAAGUGAGGAUACACAUUGCUUUUAUUGGGCUGUUUUUUGUUGCACCUAACCUAACCCAUCCAUUCAGAAAAAUUCUUAAAUCUUUUGGGUGUGGUGUGAAGUUAUCUUCCUUGUAACAAAGCCACAAUGAUACAGAUCCAUGAUAUUCAACAAGUCAGCUUAAGAUGUUAUAAUGAUGAGUUGUCCCCUUCUGAAUUUCAACAGAGACGGACAGAGCAUUUUGGUUCAUCAGCGGCUUCUGGGGUUUCUGUCAAUUUUUGUUAUUUUAUGAACCUUCGGAAUCUUUUGCAGAGUUGUUCGGUUGGAGGAGAUUGCUAACUGAAAGUAAAAAACAGUUGGCAAAAUGGGAGUGAAAGGACAGAGUCAAGUAGUUUCGGUACAGAGCUAAAGAUUGUUUUCAGAGGUUAUCCAGAUAGCAAGGAUAUAUCAGUUAUAGUUGAACAUUUUCCUUUUCUUGUUCUUGAGGGGGUUUAUUGUUGUUGGCUGAUGUAAAUAUAUACAUAUAUUCUUAGAAAUAUUAGCACCAGGAGCUUUUGGAGAUUAGAAUUCAAAUGUUUCUAUUUAUUAAUUAUUACUCAAACCACUCCUGGUGAACAGUUAUGGCCAGUUAUGUAAUAUGAGUGCUAUUGAGAAAUCCGAGUGCAAGCAGUCCCCCUGUCAAUGUCAACAUAUUUAACAUAAGAAGAGACUCCCCUUUA